AUGGAGCGACUUCUCUUUCCUUGGCCCACCAGCCUCACUGACAGCCCCACGCUCACUGAUAUCUCCGAUUUUGGUUAUCCUGAUGAGACCGAUCGCUAUCAGAAUACCACUGCGCAACCCGUCGCUGCUUCUGCAGGUCCGAUGAGCUAUGAUGCCGAUAUCUCAAUGCUCCAGGAUAGUGUCAACCUGCCUAGCUCUCAGGUAGCAUCAUACCAGCCAGCUAUGGCAGGAAACAAUGCUUCUUUCUUGCAGAACCCCGUUGGCCAGUAUCCCUAUCCUGAACCCAGCAACUACCAGCAUAAUGCCUGGGUCAAUCAGCAGCAGCCGCAAUUGUCCAAUGUUGCAUUCCAAACAGUUGCGCAGUUGGGGAUGCAGAAUACUGGGUUCGCCAACUACCAGAUCAACACCCCGGUCAACCAGCAGCAGCCGGAAUUGUUUGGUGGCGUCUUUGAAUCCGUUUUGCAGAUGGGUAUGCACAACCACGUGGAUGAACUGACUGAUGGCAUUAUUGGGUCUGUUAAUGAUGACAUGAUCGAACCAAGGUAUGUCACUCGAAAUCGACAGGCUCAUGGCGCCCCUUAUACAUGA